GGGGCUAAGAAGAUGCUGUCCCUGGGCAUCACAGGUCCGGAGGGUCAUGAGUUGUGUCGUCCUGAGGAGGUGGAGGCUGAGGCCACUCAGAGAGCCAUCACCAUCGCCCACGCUGUCAACUGCCCGCUCUAUGUGGUCCACGUCAUGAGCAAGUCUGCCGCUAAGGUAGUGUCCAACGCACGCAGAGAUGGUGAGGGGGCCUGACACUGCCUGCUGGGAGGAACUGUGGGUGGGAAAGAAUGACAGAGAGAGAGAAAGUGAGAGAGAAUGAGAGAGAGACAUACAGAGACAGAGAGAGUGAGAGAGAGGCUAAACAUGACAUGGAUGGUGAUCUGUGUUAUGUAUGCAUGGUUGUAGAGAUGUUUGUGCCCCAACAGGCCGUGUGGUGUUUGGUGAGCCCAUAGCAGCAGGACUGGGUACAGAUGGCACCCACUACUGGCACAAAGACUGGGCCCACGCUGCCAAGUUCGUCAUGGGCCCACCUCUGAGGCCCGACCCCAGCACCCCGGGAUACCUCAUGGACCUACUGGCAAAGUAUGUGGAGCCUUAGCCAAUAUCAACCUGAUCUCACUGUUCCUCUUCUGCCCUUUCACUGAGUAAAGCACAUUAGGUUACACCUUCCGUGCAUCCACUGUCACAUAAGUGCUCCAUAACACUGUCAUAACAAUGACAUAACAGAUGUUAUAAGCAGUCAUGACUAGUGCUAUCAGCAUAUGACCCCAACAGUCAUGACUGUUUAUAACAUACAUCACAUAAUAUAUGUCAAAGUGGAGUGUAUGUAACACAGUGUUACCGACCACCCAGGAACACAGGAACUGGGAAGGUGAACAACAAUGCCAAACACAGUGGAAUCUUUGAAAAAGAAAGGAAUUGAAGUGUAACUGCAUAUUGUCGGUGCAAUAGAAAUGAAUGACAGGCAGUAAAGAUGGCUGCCUUACCGUUUAGUGAUGUAGAUGCUUCUGUUUCAUUCUUCCAGUGAUGACCUCAGUGUGACUGGGACAGACAACUGCACAUUCUCUGUGUGUCAGAAGGCCCUGGGCAAAGACGACUUUACAAAGAUCCCCAACGGAGUCAACGGAGUGGAGGACAGGAUGUCUGUCAUUUGGGAGAAGGGCGUUGUCAGUUAGGCCUCUCAUUCUGCUCCCCCGGCCUAUCACAUCCUUUUUAUUAUAGACACUAUAGGCCAGUUUCCCGGACAGAUUAAACCUAUAGUCCUAAACCAAAAAGCAGACUCAUGGAGAAUCUCCAUUGAAAGUGAUUUUUUUGUCCAGGACUAGUCUUAAUCUGUGUCCAGGAUACAGGCCCUACAAAAAUGAGUGGUACUAUUUUCAGACGGUUGAUUCAAUUCUAUAGUAGGAGUUAAUAGGUGCCAAGUGUCAUUUCUGCUGUGAGAAGAGAAGAUAAGUUUAAUUAUAUUAUGCCAUUUAUUAUGUGCAUCAAGGAAGUUAUUAUCUGUCAGAAUCAAUCCAAACUGUCAUAGUGGAAGUCGCAGCAGACUGGACUGUAGCAGCAGCAGGCUCGCUUUCCUUCUGUCCUUCUCUUUCCAUUUCUUCCUUCCUUCCUUCCCACAUAGUGUAAGAGGGGGAGGGAGCCAUCAGAUCAGGGAAGGAGAGGGAAAGGAUACAGGCAACGAGCGCCCGGACACGUUUGGUCCUCGCUUUCAAUUUUUCUACAUUCAAUUAAGCAAUCAUUCUUCUCUCUCUUUCCAUUUUUUCCUUCCUUCCUCCCUCCCUUCCUUCUUUCUGUCCUUCUCUUUCCAUUUCUUCCUUCCGUCCUUCCUCCCUCCCUUCCUUCUUUCUGUCCUUCUCUUUCCAUUUCUUCCUUCCUUCCUCCCUCCCUUACUUCUUUCUGUCCUUCUCUCAGGAAAAUGCUUUAGCCGGUUAACCCGGAGGCCAUUGCAAAAAUUAACAUUGUAAAACGCUGGCAAAAAAAUUGCACGUUUUGAUAUUUGGAGUGAAACUUUGAAUCGCUUACUGCACACUUAAGCAUUUACCUUUUGUCAGGAUAAUUAUGUCAGUAAAUAUGGAAUUUGUCAUUCAUAUCCAGGAUAUUGAAACUCAGUAUUUUGUGUAAAUACUUUCCGCAGCAUAGCGGGAAAAUGGACGAGAAUCGAUUUGUAGCCGUCACCAGCAGCAAUGCAGCGAAAAUCUUCAACUUCUACCCCCAGAAGGGAAGGAUCGCUAAGGGAUGUGAUGCUGAUGUGGUCAUAUGGGAUCCUAAGGCAACCAGGUGA